AUGUCCAAGGUAGCACGGGUCCCCGUUCGCACAGAGCGCGCACCGCUCCCCCCACCAUUCCUAUCGCAAGGCCUGGUAGUCGGAGACGUGGUCUAUUGUUCCGGCCAGGUUGGAGCCGACCCGACCACGGGCAAACUGGUGGAGGGAAGCAUCCAGAACCGAACACGCCAAAUCCUCAACAACCUCAGUGCGGUCUUGGAGGCGGGCGGAUCCAGCCUCCACGAUGCGAUCAAGGUCAACAUUUUCUUGACCGACAUGGCCGAUUUCCCCGCUGUCAAUGAAGUCUAUGCUACCUUCUUCUCAGACCCCAAGCCGGUAAGUGAGAUCCAGACUUUGGAGACUGGUGUGCGGACGUGCGUCAGCGUCAAGUCUCUCCCAUUGGGAACGGAUGUUGAAAUCGAGUGUUCUGGUCUGGUUACGAAGAGUGGCAAUGGACGCAGUUCUAGACUUUGA